ACUGCUACUGUCUAUACAGACAACGCCUGGAGCUCACAAGUGAUGUCACCCUCCGAGAAAUGGUCACUCUCUCUGCUCAUCUUGCUGCUCGCAAGUGUUUCGCACGAGCUCGAUGACAACAAGAUCCCCAGCCUGUGCUCUGGUAGUCCAGGUAUCCCAGGAUCCCCCGGGAUGCACGGCAGCCCCGGGGCGCCAGGGAGGGAUGGCAGAGACGGGCGCGACGCCCAAGCCGGGGCACCAGGGGAGAAAGGAGACCGGGGGGAAACAGGCCAGACUGGUUCCAGGGGCCUCACUGGGGACCAUGGCGACCCGGGGCCCAAAGGUGAACAGGGAAAAGAUGGGGAGUGCGCUGUGGCCCCUAAGUCCGCCUUCAGCGCCAAGCUGUCAGAAGCCAGGGCGGUGCCGGUCGCAGGGAGCGACGCCAUCCGAUUCGAUCGGAUCGUGCUAAACGAGCAGGGUGACUACAACGCCGAGACGGGCGUGUUCACCUGCCGAGUGCCGGGCGUGUACUACUUCAGCGUCCACGCCACGGUGUACCGCGCCAGCCUGCAGUUUGACCUGAUGAAGAACGGCUUCGCGCUGGCCUCCUAUUUUCAGUUCUUUGGGAACUGGUCCAAGCCGGCCUCACUGUCGGGGGGAACGCUGACGCACCUGAUUCCUGGCGAUAAAGUCUGGGUUCAGAUGGCCCUGGGAGAAUACAACGGCUUCUAUUCCAGUCCCAAAACAGACAGCACAUUCACAGGAUUCUUGGUGUACUCAGACUGGAAAAACUCGGCUGUGUUUGCAUAGCUUCUUAGCUGAGAAUUAUGCAUUUUUGUGUCCAUUUAUGUAAUAGCCUAUACUGUGGCACUGAGUGUGAUCAUACUUCUUUGGGUUCUGUUUCAAAGAUACUUGAAAGGCACAAACCAUGAGACUGCAGAAAGCAAAGUCAGGUCAGAAUAAACAUUAUCUUGAGAUAACUCUUGAGUGAUUUAAACACUCAACAGCUCUUCAAUUUAAUCCAUGAAAUGCUUCGAUUGCCUCAUUAUCUUUGUACUGUACAGCUUUUUUGUUUACAUCAAGGCCAAAACAUACAGUUCAGUGCAGGGCCCAAGGUCAUGUUUGAAUAGUUUUAUUCACUCACUUCCUGUUAUGAUCAUGCAGAAAGACAUCUUGAGAGGGUCGCUGGUGGUCAGUUAGACAUGCAAGCUGAAGAUGGCUCGGUUCCAUCCCGCUAACAGUUAUUAUGCAAGAAGAGACAUUGAAAUACUGCUCUGUUUGGCUGCACUCUUGAAAUCGAUCCAAUAAAGCAAACGAAGGAGGAUAUAUAAUUGCCAGCAGUAAAACCUUAACAAUGUCUGUAAUUCAAAUACUUGGCAAAGACACAUCAGUACCAAAUGCACCAUCCUGACUCGGGCUUCUCUCUCUCAUUCAACCUGAAAAUUGUGUUCUUCUGUCAAACCAUAUUCUAGCCUGUUGCCUGAUCUUGUUUAUGAAUUCACUUAGUAAGAUACAGUUUUUACAAACUGUUUACAAAUGACUUGUCAUAAGAACUAUUGAAGUGCAGCAUCAUUGCCUUCAACAGUCCCAUAUUACUUUAAUGAGAAGAUGUUUUGAUCUACAGUAAUUGAGAAGAUGCUGCAACACAGUGUAUUCUAGAAAUACCAUUAGACAAUGUUCUUUAGACUUUGUUGGACUAUUGUGGUCUGUUUUACCAUUAUUACCCAUUUAUUGUGAUACUGUUAGAAAAUGGUACAUGGAAAAGAUGAGUGUUUAGGGGGCACUCUCAAUGGUGCAAUGAUUGGACAAGUUAUUGUGUCUAACUUGUUAAGCAGCUGUAUUCCACUGUAAUAUACAUCAGAUUAAAACUUUUAUGUUAUGA